GCAGGAAGGCCAAGGCAGCCAGCGGAGACGCUGCCUGAUGGGGCUGUGCCGGGGGUGACACCCGCCUGCGCCCCUGGUCCCCACCACGUGUGCCUUAUCUGUGCUGAGUCACAGUGCCAGUGCAGAACAGCACCCUGUCCCCGGGGACAGCACGUCAUGCCAGGGCCACUGAGCUGGUGACCUCUGCUUUUGGGGCUGUGCUGUGCUGUAGCCCCGGGAGGGUGCAGGGUGCUGCCUGCCUCUCUGGGUGCGGCGGCCACAGGGACCCGUCAGGCUGGUUCCUUCCCUGUUCCCAAGGCUACCCCAGUGGCGUGGGGUCAGGGGGGACUGGGGCAACUGGCAGACCCUGGCCACAGGGUGCUGGCCAUGGGCAUAGGGUAGGACGCCUCCAGGGUGGGACCUGCACAGUGACCAUGUGCUGGCCAGGUGCCUGUGGGAGACUGGGAGCCAGCAUGGCGCAGCCCAACGCACCCCCUCCCUACGACGACAAGAACCCCCUCUACCCCCCACCACCAGGGGGGUACCCCCAGCCCUCCCACUACGCUGGGGGGUACCCGCAGCCUGGGGGAUACCCUGCAGCAGGGGGGUAUGCACAGCCAGGGGGGUACCCUGCAGCAGGGGGGUAUGCACAGCCAGGGGGGUACCCCCAGCCGGGGAUGGCCAUGCCCACCAUGCCUAUUCGGUUUGGCGACAGUGCCAUCGGGGAUGAUUCCCCCUUCCAAUCGGUUGACUGGGAUGACAAGAAAGUCCGGCACACCUUCAUCCGCAAGGUCUACGCUAUCAUCUCCCUGCAGCUGCUGGUGACGGUGGGGAUCAUUGCCGUGUUCACCUUUGUCUCCCCUGUCCGCUCCUUUGUCCAGAGGAACGUUGCCAUCUACUAUGCCUCGUAUGGUGUGUUCCUGGUGACCUACCUGGUGCUGGCCUGCUGCCAGGGUCCCCGGAGACGCUUCCCCUGGAACAUCAUCCUGCUGAGCAUCUUCACGCUGGCCAUGGGGCUGAUGACAGGCACGAUCGCCAGCAUGUACCGAACCAAUGCCGUCCUGAUCGCCAUGCUCAUCACUGCCAUUGUGGCCAUCAUUGUCACCAUCUUCUGCUUCCAGACCAAGGUUGAUUUUACAUCAUGUCCUGGGCUCUUCUGCGUGCUGGGCAUCGUGGUCAUGGUGACUGGGAUUGUCACAGCCAUCGUCCUCUCCUUCAAAUAUGUGCCCUGGCUCCAUAUGCUGUACGCGGCCAUUGGUGCCAUUGCCUUCACCCUGUUCCUUGCCUAUGACACCCAACUUGUGCUGGGGAACAGGAAGAACACACUGAGCCCCGAGGAGUAUGUCUACGGUGCCCUCACUAUCUACACUGACAUCAUCUACAUCUUCACGUUCCUCCUGCAGAUCGUGGGCCGGGAUUAGCCCUGGGACCACUCCUGUCAACCCCCACUACCCCUCACCCCUCCUCUGGCCUCUGUACAGGAUAUGGCCACUUCCCAUGACUCCUAAUGCUUUAGCAUCCCUACCCGUAGGCUGCUAAGGAAACUGCUUCCCUUGAUCACCCUGCCACAAGCCUCCAAGGGCGGUGGGGGAGACUGGCUGCCAGUGUUUAGGCAAUGCCCAGCCUCAGCACUGCUUGCUGAGGCCCUGCUGGCAGUGCCAGGCUGGCAGUGGACUGCCACAGUCCUGCUGGGGUGUGGGGAACUGACAGUGUCCGCUGGGAUUGUGUUGGGAUUUUUUUGACAGAGCCCAUUUGGUGUCACCACUUGGUGCCUUAAACACUGCUCUGGCCAUGCCCCCUUUCCUGUGCUGUGGCAGUGCCUAGCGUGGGCAGGGGGCAGAUGGGACACCCGUGGAGGGACUCGUGGCAGAGCUCACGUUGCAGAUGCCCUGGAGCCACGGACAUGGGCAAAGUUGCACUUGCUAAAUAAAACACUUUAAUUUUCCA